GCUAGUACGUGAUAAACCCUGAGACUGAGACAGUAGCGCGAGGAACACUUCUGCGAAAGCGAGAGAAACGAAUAUUUCUUAGUUUUGAUUAGCUAUGGCCACCUCCAUAGCUUCGCAGUUACAAGCUAUCAAGACGUUGGUGCAAGCCAACGAAGAACCGCUCAAGAGGCCCUUCACGCGCCCUUCUGUCUUAUUUAAUCCUAAAGAAGCUGCUGAUGUCGAUAUUGAAACUAUUCUAAACAUUGCACUUUCAGGCCUAGAGGUUCUUAUAAGUAUGGAUGAGCGAUUCAGAAACUAUAAGAACGAUCUAUUCAGUUAUAAAAGUAAAGAUUUAGAUAGAGAAUUGAUGGGUAUAGAGGAGAACAAUAGGAUCGACACAUCAAUAAGUUCUUACUUACGGUUACUUUCGGUACAUCUUCAACAACCUGCAUCACUCAAGACCCUUGAGUACUUAAUUCGCAGAUACAAGAUUCAUGUAUACAAUAGCGAGGAGUUGAUUUUAUGUGCUCUGCCGUACCAUGACACCCAUGCAUUUGUUCGAAUAGUGCAGUUACUUAACCUACGAAAUAAUAAAUGGAAAUUUCUCGAAGGCGUUAAAGUCUCAGGUGCACCACCGCCUAGGACAGUCAUAGUGCAGCAAUGCAUUCGUGAUAUGGGGGUGUUGGAGGUUUUAUGCAACUAUGCAUCUCCUACAAAGAAGUUUAUGCCUUCAAGUCCUGUGGUCAGCUUUUGUACAGCAGUUGUUGUUGAAACUUUGGGCUCUGUUAUGACUAUUGAUAGUGAUGCUGUAAAGAGGAUCCUUCCAUUCGUGACCUCUGGGCUUCAGCCUGGUACAAAAGGAGGUUCAGAUCACAAGGUGAUGUGUGAAACAAAUUGUUAUUGA